GAAAAUAAAAGGACAAGAGAAGGAAGGAGAAAUUGUAGAGAAGUCGCAGGACCCAACGCCCGUUUCUCUGCAAUUGCAGAGACGAUUGACGCAGGAGAGGAACCCAGGGUGGAGAGAGAGAGAGAGGAUCAAACCUCUCGGUACAUCGGACAUAAAUUAUAAUCGUUCUGAGCGUGAAAGACACAGUGCACAUUAAUGGAUCAGAUCUUCAACAAGGUGGGAACCUACUGGUUCACAAACAAAGCCAACAAGGAAAUCAAUUCCGUCGGCCAGGAUCUCAAUUCAUUGUCAAACAGUAUUGAAGGGGGAGCCAAAUGGUUGGUUAAUAAAAUAAAAGGGAAAAUGCAAAAGCCAUUGCCAGAGCUGUUGCAGGAGUAUGACAUGGCAGUAGGCAUCUUCCCUCGUGAUGCUACAAACUAUGAGUUUAAUGAAGAGACAGGGAAGUUAACUGUAUUCAUACCAUCUAUCUGUGAAGUUGGGUACAAAGACUCAUCCGUCUUGCGUUUUGCCACAACCGUGACUGGGUACCUGGAAAAAGGAAAACUAUCUGAUGUUGAAGGAAUUAAGACAAAGGUGGUGAUCUGGGUGAAAGUGACCAGCAUUUCUACCGAUGGAUCAAAGAUCCAUUUCACAGCAGGAAUGAAGAAAUCCAGGAGUAGAGAGGCGUAUGAGGUCCUUCGGGAUGGUGUAAUUGUAGACAAGUUUUAACUGUAUCCGAAUGGGAAUGUGUGCGAAUCAUACCCUUUCUGAAUCCUCUAUCCCUCUCCUGUUAAAAGGGCAUUGAUGGUCAUAUGCCGAAUCUUUAGAGUGACCUCAUUUGUUAGAAACGUCUCUGCUUGUAUGGACUAUAAACCUUGGCCGUCUUUUGUAAUGGAACUCAAGUUGUAGUUUCUGCAAUACCAUUUACAAGUUAUAAUCUAUAAAUUCCAACUUUGCUA